GCAGUGCGCCUGCGCAGCUCGCAGCCUCAGCCAACAACAACAGUGUGCCCUUUCGUUCCAAGAUGGCGGACCUCCUGGGCUCGAUCCUAAGCUCGAUGGAAAAACCCCCGACGGUGGGAGACCAGGAGAGCCGGAGGAAGGCGCGAGAGCAGGCAGCCCGUCUGAAGAAGAUGGAGGAAGACGAGAAGAAGAAGAAGGCUGCGUUCAGGAAGAAGAUGGAGAAGGAGGUGUCAGACUUCAUUCAGGACAGCUCUCAGCAGAAACGUAAAUACAACCCGAUGGGGAAGAUCGAGAGGAGCAUCCUGCAUGAUGUCGCAGAAGUUGCUGGUCUGACUUCUUUUUCUUUCGGCGAGGACGAGGAAAGCCGCUACGUGAUGCUGUUCAAGAAGGAGUUCGCUCCGUCAGACGAGGAGCUGGAGGCGUACCGUAAAGGAGAAGAGUGGGACCCUCAGCUGGCCGAGCAGAGACGCAGACUCAAAGAACAAGCUGCGUUAGAAGAGACGGCAUCCAGUCAGACGAAGGCGUCCUCUGUCUGUCCAAACUCAAACUACAGAGACAAAUACAGUCACUUGAUCGGAACCUCGGCCGCCAAGGACGCCGCGCACACGCUGGAGGCCAACCGGGCCUACGGCUGUGUGCCGGUGGCAAACAAGAGAGACACCCGGUCCAUCGAAGAAGCCAUGAAUGAAAUCAGAGCCAAGAAACGUCAGAAACAGGAAGAUGACUCGGCACACGGCAGCAACUGCUGAGUCAGCUGUGUGUGUGUGUGUGUGUGUGUGUGUGUGUGUGUGUGUGUGUGUGUGUGUGUGUGUUGUGCUGAUCCAUCACAUGAUGCAAUAUUCAGUCUUCAGGCGUGUUAAAGUAACUUAUAUGAUGAAUCAUGUCUGCUGUCUGAAAUCAUGACGGAGCUCCUGGUCUGGGUGGAGGUCCUGGUUCUGGUCUGGGUGGAGGUCCUGGUUCUGGUCUGAAGGUCUUCAGGUGUGUCAGAUCUGGGUCAUGUUACAUGUUAGUCACAUCCAUGAUGAUUCUGACUCGUGUGUUUUUAAAUGAAAUGAAAAUGUGUCGGCUGUGUAAGAACGUUUGAAGAACGUUUGAAGAACGUUGGUCCUCGGUGUCCUGACAGUUUUAUCCUUCAGAUGUUUUAAUGUGAAAUUAGGAAACUUUUAACAUGAACGUCUUUUUGUUUUGUUAAAUUCAAAUAAAUUUAAAAUCUGAAAUUA